CAAUGAACAGGAAAUUAUCAGUCCAUGAAAGAAGGUGACGUGGUGAUGUUGAGCGCAGUUGUAGCAGAUGUCGUUGCUGUGACUCGGAAUUAAGAGCUGAUCAGUGCUUCAAAUGGGAUUUAGAGGGUUGAUCAUCGUUAUGGCUGCACAACACACUGAGGAUAGGCAACCUUCCUGCUAACAUGUCUGGCGAUGCCAAGAAAGACCUGAUAGCGGAGGCUCGGAGCUUCUCCGCGAGUCUCUCCAACGUCUUCCUCAUGAAGAAGAGGGACCAGCAGACGAGACACCUCCUGGAGAAGGCUCAGAAUCUCGUGGAGGGUCUCUUGGCGGAGAACCAGCGUCUGUCGUCCAACACCGGCACCCCCCGCCAGACGCGCGGGGGAGGCAUGGGCCAGCUGUGGGUCAAGCUGGACGAGAUGAAGAGAGAGAAUGAAGAUCUCCGGAGACAGCUCGGGCGCCAUGACGACAGGUCCACGCCCACCAAAAAUAUGAGUCACGGUCCUGGUGACGUCAUCAUUGCUGAUCUUCAGAAGACCAAGACUGAGAACGAGGCUCUGAGGACUCAGGUAGAGAGUCUGCAGAAGACGGUCAAGGAACUCCAGAACAUCACCGCCACAGUGCAGGACGAGUACAAGCGGGCUAAGAUUGGCCUGGAGGCAGCACAGAAGACUAUGGAGAAGGCCCGCCAUGAUUACCGCAGUCUGGAGGCCAAUUUUACAUCUGCCAAGACGGAGAACGACUCUCUCAAACAGAAGUUGACGAGCAGCGUGAAGCCUAUGGUAAGGGCAGAUAACCGCCUUACUGAGAACAUCAACGAGCGGUGUCGACCCAGUGUGAUCGCCAUGAGAUACAACACCCUAGAGAGUCAGGAGUGGAUGGAUGCUAAGGAGUCACUCGAGGACAGCACCGGCAUGGACGAAGAGGAGAUAACUCGUUUUCUAUGUUCUUCGAUAAUGAAAACAUACGAGGCUUCCUGCGACACGUACCAGUGUCUGGAGCUCGCCAUUGGAGAACUGUUGAGGAGACCGGCAUUGGCGAUAAGUAUAGUUCAGAGCGGCUUGAGCGCGGAACCAGAACAGCUUCCGGACGAGAUGACCGACGCCAUCCGAAGCCGGCUGCGACAUAACUGCGACAACAUUGACUCAGGGGAGCUGAUCAAGAUCACCAAAAAUACCUUGGAGAGAGAGUUCAAGGACGUGAAAGGCCUUAUCAGCAAUAAAGCCGUGAACCGCUACCUGCACGAGAGCGCGAGACUGACCUGGCAGAUGGCAAUACAACAACCCGCCAUGAGAAUGUCGGUGACGGACAAACGUUAUAACGAGGAGCGUCACAAGCUGUGGUGGUCAUGUGACCAAGCACGUGCAUCGUCUGUCAGUCACUUUAUCUGGCCGAUGCUCUUCGAUUACGAUGGCGGAAAUCUCAUGGUUAAAGGGUGUGUGUUUGCAAGCUGACUCUACCACCAUUUAUAUUGUGGCGUUUUGUGACAAUGUUGUACAUUUAUAUUUAUCUAUGCAUUUAUAAAUGAACAAUUCCUGAUUCACCAAGACAAUCCCAAACUGUUUGAGGUGCGCUAUCAUAAUUGUGUUUUGCCAAAAGGUUGAAAACGUGAAGACUUCACGAGUGCUAACAGAUGUCCCGUAAAAAGAAUUAUCUCGGGUGAUAAACAUCAGUGUUGUGACAGUAUUAUUUCCUAUCCAUGUAAAUUUAAUACGAUCA